CCCUCCAGCCCGCGACGUGCCAACAAGGCGGGCUGCCAUUGGAGAGCGGCCUUCCCGAGCCGCCCCGCCAUUGGCGGCGACGAGCGGGCUUCCCCCAGCAGCUCCGCGCCGCUCUCCUGUCAGGCGAAGCCGAGAUGGCGGCGCGGGGCGCCGGGGCCGGCACCACAGCCACGGGCGGCCCCGCCACCAGCUUCCAGCGCAAGGCCGCGGCCGGCAGCCGCCUGGCCGCCGUGCCGGGCACCCGCCCCUCCGUUCGGCACGGGCAGCUGCUGCUUUCCAGCGGGCUCCCCUCCCUGGACGGUGUGCUAGGUGGAGGCUUAGCUGUUGGAACCCUUCUCCUUAUUGAGGAAGAUAAAUAUGGUGUUUAUUCCAAUUUGUUGUUCAAGUAUUUUCUCGCGGAGGGAGUUGUCUGUGGACAUGACCUGUUUGUUGCUUCCGCUAUGGAGCGCCCUGACAACAUCUUAAAGAAACUUCCAGCCCCUUUGCUUGAUGAUACCCACAGAAGUGAAUUGAGAGAAGUAACACCUGCAAAGUCCGAAGAUUUUCAGGAUUCUAUGAAAAUAGCCUGGCGCUAUGAAAAUUUACCAAAAAUGGAGGCCAGCCCAACAUCAUUUACCAAGUUUGGACAUUACUAUGAUAUUUCUAAAACAAUGUCUCCAGAACUACUUCAGUCUAUAAAAUGGCACAGUUUUUACCUUCCUGAAGAAUUAUCCUUAGAGCCUCAACUGAAAAUGUGUAAUAUGAACUGUGGCUAUGCAAGUCUGCUUCACUCCAUUCAAAGGGUCAUUUACCAGGAAGGAUUUGAUGGCUCUCAUCCCCAGAAAAAACAAAAGAAUAUUUUGCGUAUAGGAAUUCAGAGUCUGGGUUCCUUGUUGUGGGGUGACGACAUUUGUAGUAGUGAUACUCCUGAAGAUAUUCAUAGUCUGACCAAAUUUCUGUAUGUUCUCCGUGGCCUCCUCAGAAAGUCUUUGUCAGCCUGCAUCAUCACAGUGCCCUCUCACCUUAUCCAGAAUAAAGCAAUGGAACGUGUAACAAACUUGUCAGAUAUAGUAGUUGGUCUUGAAUCAUUUAUUGGCUCUGAGAGAGAAACCAAUCCAUUAUACAAGGAUUACCACGGUUUGCUUCAUGUACAUCAGAUUCCUCGGCUUAAUAGCUUGAUCUGUGAUGUGUCAGACACGAAGGACCUUGCUUUUAGAUUAAAAAGGAAGCAGUUCACCAUUGAGCGCCUGCACUUGCCUCCAGACUUGUCAGACACAGUGAGCCGCUCAAGCAAACAGGAUCUGGCAGAAUCCGCCAAACUGCUGAGCUCAGGAUGUGGUGCUAUGGCCAUCGGCAAGAAGCACCUGGACUUCUAGUGAUUUCUACUUAGCAGUUUCACUCAGAUUUGUAUGACACUCUAAUUAUGAGUGAUAAUGACUUAUACAAAUAUUUUUCUUAAUGAUUUGCCCCAGCAGUCUUUAAAAAUACACAUUAUCAUAUGAUGCCUUAUUUUUUUCUGGUUUCUUUUUGUAUUAAUUUGGGGCUUGGUUGGUUUUUGCUUUUUGUUAAAGCUUCUGUUAUGUUGGGUCCUGCCAUUGUUCAGCCCUUUUGGAAAUGUAGUGUUUCUUCCUUUCCUUCAGAUAUGAAAAUUACUUGUAAUCCUUCAAUUCUAGGUGUUUUUUUACAAUAAAAAUAAAGGGAUUUUUUUCCCAAUGGUAUUUUUGUAUGCAUGCAUUUAAUAUUUUGUAUGAAUAAGUUAAGUUGGGCUGUUUAUUGAAAUAAAUUAAUGAAAG